UUUCCUCGUCAGGAUAUGGUUAAAUAAAACAUGGCGACGGACGACAUGGAUGUUCGCAUAGAAGAACGUUUAAAAAUUAAAAUCGGGGAGGCAAAGAACCUGCUGAGCCGUAACCAUGGUUCAUCAGUUUGCAGAGAUGUCUACUGCACACUGUCCUUGGAUCAAGAAGUCAUAUUCCGAACAUCAACCAUUGAAAAAACUUUAAGCCCCUUCUUCGGAGAGGAGUUUCAAUUUGAGGUGCCAAGGAAGUUUCGUUACUUAUCUGUGUACUUGUAUGAUAGAGACAGGCACCUGAAGCAGGAUAAAGUCCUUGGCAAAGUGGCCAUCAAGAGAGAGGAGCUGGCUCCAUACAAUAACAAAGAUCAUUGGUUCCCCAUUCGUCCAGUCGAUGCUGAUUCAGAAGUGCAGGGAAAAGCCAACAUAGAAAUUAAGUUUGAACCACUGCUAAGUCGGAACAAUUCUACAUAUUCGUCCAAGAAACGACUGUCAGUGCGCGUCAUUGAGUGUUUAGAUCUGACUCUGAAGAAUGGUUCAUGUGAUCCAUAUGCCCUAAUAACUGUUGUUUAUACCAAUGAGAAGAAAGUGACAAAAAGGACCAAAGUUCGGAAAAAAACGACAUGCCCGCAAUUCGAUGAGAUAUUCCAAUUUGAUAACUAUGAGGAUCGUGAUAGAGACAAGGAUACUUAUACAGUGUGCCCCGAAAGUGAAGUGGAAAUAUGUGAGUUGAAUGUUUCCAUUUGGCACAAUGGCAUGGGUGGAGACAUUUUCCUUGGUGAAGUGAAAGUUCAGCUGAGGGGGCUUCAACAGCAGAACGCUGCUCUGAAAAAUGCAUGGUAUUUCUUGCAACCUAGGUCGAGCAAAAAUAAGCCUCAUGUUUCCGUUUCUACACCGCCAGGGACACGGCUCUCCAUUGACAACUCUUUAGGAUCUCUGAGGCUACAAGUACAAUACACGGCUGAUCACGUUUUUCCGGCUAAAGUGUACGAACCUCUUCGCAAUCUCUUGUUGGAUAGUGUUAACGUCAGACCAAUAAUAAAUAGUCCAGUCUAUUUGUUGGGAGACAUAGUUUCUAGUAAAAUGGAUGUAGCUCAGCCUCUGGUGAGGAUAUUCAUGCAUCACGAAAAGAUAGUCCCUAUUAUCAGGGCACUCGCUGACGCAGAGAUCUCUAACGUAACGGAUGCGACGACAAUUUUCCGUGGAAACACUUUAGUAUCUAAGAUGAUGGAUGAGGCAAUGAAGAUGAUUGGCAUCCAGUACCUGCAUAAGACACUCCGACCAACGAUAGAGCAAGUCUUCCUCGAAAAGAAGCCGUGCGAGAUCGAUCCGACGAGAGUGAGAGACGCCACCACGAUCCAAGCGAACUUGAGCAAUUUGAAAAGUUAUGUCCAUGGCAUUUUCCGUGCCAUUACAGAGAGCGCCGUCCAUUGUCCAGCUCUGAUGUGCCAGAUUUUCGACAACCUCAAAGAAUGUGCCAUGACUUACUUUCCGGAUAACAAAGAAGUCCGAUACUCCGUCAUAUCCGGUUUCAUUUUCUUGAGGUUCUUUGCUCCGGCCAUUCUGGGUCCGCGACUCUUCGAUUUAACCAGCGAACAAAUUGACGCGCAAACUAAUCGUACCUUAACAUUAAUUUCUAAGACGAUACAAUCACUGGGAAAUUUAGUGAGUUGUAGAUCGACUCAGCAAGUCUGCAAGGAAGAAUAUAUGGAAUGUGUGUAUAAAGAGUUUUGUACGGAAACGCACGUCAGGGCCGUCCGGCAAUUUCUUGAAAUCAUUUCCGCCAACUCGAAUCAAAAGCACAUCGCAGUCGAUACUCCGGUCACCUUAAAAGAAGGGGAAAUUAAAAGGAUAAUGAUAAAGAGAGCUCAAGGAAGAAAACGGUUUGGCCGCAAGAAUUUCAAGCAGAGAUAUUUCAAAUUAACCACUCACGAUCUGAGUUAUUCGAAGAUGAAAGGUCGUGAACCUCUGUGUCAGAUUCCUCUAUCGAAUAUUUUGGCCGUCGAGCGGCUACAGGAGAAAUCUUUUAAAAUGAAGAACAUGUUUCAAAUAGUGCAGAAAGAGAGAGCUUUGUAUGUGCAGGCUGCGAACUGCGUCGAGGAGAAGGAAUGGGUGGAUCUUCUAACUAAGAUCUGCCAGACCAAUGCUAAUCGACUGCAAAAAUAUCAUCCGUGCGCUUUUAUUAAUGGACAAUGGUUAUGUUGUAAGUCGGCGAAUGUAUUAGCACCAGGAUGUACUGCAGUAUCUGUAACGGACAGCAAUAACUUUCAUAUGACGUUAGAUCCGGAACGGGAUUUACAAAGGAUGCAUUCUUUAGUUCUCACUCAUGCCUUGAAACUGAAUCAAAUGUAUCCAUCAACGAACGGUACGCAAUUAAUGCACGGCGUCAGCAAAAAUAGCGUGACCGACCUGAUCGAUGUCACAUACAGCAUUGAACAAAAGCAUAGGUCUUACCAAAGAGCGUUAGCGCGAGAUACCAAAUUAGGAAGCAUAGCUGCUCCCAUCGGUGAUGAUAAUUAUCUGCUAGCAUCUAGAAUGAAUAUCGAGCCUGCACUGUACUCUGUUAUCCAGAAUAUUCCUUAAGCAAAUUAGGUUUUUUUUCUCAAAUUCAAAGACUGUGGUUAUUAUUUACACUUUUAAAAGAAACUUAAAAGGGAAAGAAAUAUUUUACUAAUGAUAAACUAAUAUAUAAACGUAAUAACAACAAGGCAGAACGUACCCUAUUGCUCA